UCAAAAAAUAAAAUAAACAUAAACAAACAACAAACUCACAACCGUUUAAAAGGCACGUGCUUGUCCGCUUUUAAUAUUUACCUUAUUUUGUCUUAAUUUUAAUAAGAAAAUUAUUUAAAAUUGCCCGAAAAUGGAUGCCUGUGAAGUGUGCGGUCAGAACGAGUUCACGGUGGAAGAAGGCUUCCACUACUGCGUCGAGUGCGGAACCAAAUCGCAACGGCACGGUACCGAGCUGGUGGCCGAAUUCGAAGAGAACAUGCCCGGGGGUAAGGAUGCCGUUGCUGGAGGAACCAUCCGGAUCAAACAGGUCAAGAAGAAGGGCAAAAUGCUUACCAGCUGGGAGGUGGUCAACUACAUUCUGCUGGGCUACACGGAACGGCUGGUGGCGAUGGGAGCCGGGGAGGCGUUCAAGCUGACGGUUCUGCAACUGUGGACGGCCUAUUUGCGCCGGUCGGAGGUGGCGUUUUUCGACAAGAACAAACCGGAACGGCCCCGGUUGGAUGUGUUUCAUCGGACGACGGAUGCAAACAUAAUCUACAACCGCAAGAUAAAAAAGAAGCGCGAACGGAGGAAAAGCGCAGAUUCGGGUAGUAGGACGAGCUCUGUGCCGAUUUCCGGCGUGGCGUUGACCAAGAAGGUGCGAUCCGAGCAGAGAAGUUUGCUCAACGUGGAGUACGAUUCGUUCCGGGCCAGUCAGUCGGAUGUGAACCGGUCGCUGCACGAGCUCUCGGUGCGCUCGUUGAAUGCUAGUCUGUCGGGAACGGACAGCGAAGCCAGCACGAAAAGUGGAGGCCAAAGGAUAAAGUAUUCCCGAUUGGCCAGGAUCAAAAUGAAGCGCAGGCUCAAGAUGUCAACCAAGCACAUCGAUAAGCACGAGAGCGAUGUGGAUGAUUUGAUGAGCUGCCACCGGAAAAAGGGACAAGGGAAAAGCAAUCCGCGACACAGAACGGAUCCGGAAAGUUUGUACCGGACAACGAUAGCCUCAAUCCUGGCGUUGGCAUUGAAUGUCAGUCGUAGUAAGGUUCAGUUUGCGGAUUUGAUGCGAUUCUACAGAGAGGAGCACAUUUCUACCAUGAACCUCAUGCAGUAUAUUCCGGAGGAAGUAGACUCCAACAGUUGUAUGGAGACGCUGUGCGGACUUCAGAAAGGGCCAUCCCUUACGCACCAUGAACUUCUCGAGAGUGUUGUAAAGAUGAUGAGAUUCAUAAACGUUAAACCAAUUCUUCCGGAUUUUAGUCAACUUUGUAGACGAUAUCUUCAGGAACUGUGUCUGCCAACUGAUUUGAUGAUAUUCUUGGACCGCUUUUUGGCGGUAUUUCCACCCAAAAUGGAACAUGAAAUUAGCAGAUGGUUUCCUAAUUACGAAGCCCGAGCAAUGGCAAUAAUUUUGUUUAUGCUAAAGCUUCUGUUCGGCUGUAAUGACUCAACCGAAAUGAAAUUGUCCAAAUCAGCAGCGAAGUUCAAUGCGAUGCUUAAGAAUCUGGGCCCGUCCUACCGGCAGCUGUUUGUCUUCCGAGAGUGGGUUCGAUUCCUGGAAAUGAGAAAACUUGUUCUAGGCCAAGUUCACCAUCCUACAAAUCGAGUCGUAGCGAAGCAAGAAGGGGUCGAACAAGAUCCAGAACUUUUCAUCGAUUACAACUUGCGUAAAAGGCAAGGUGGAGAUUUGUAUCGGGCAUCAACCAAGACCAUAAACCGCAACUGGGUGUCCAAACUGAAGGAUUUUGCCACCAACGUAGUGAAUACUUAUCACCGUCUUAAUCCGAAUUCAAACACGCAACAAAGCAUCGAAUUCGAUCCCAGCCUCACACCGCAUCGGUCGUAUCUGGAAACGUUCCUCUUGGCAUACAAUCGAGAAGGUAAAAUCCAUGUGCCCGAGUUCCUACACGAGAAUCACGAAGACCGUUCGAUUGUCUCGCUCGUAAGCCCAUCGGAUCUCAAACAGCUCCUCCGCACCAACCAUCAGAUCACCCUCAAAACGAAGAAAGCACCCUCGGCCAUAACACAGUUGAAAUUUAUCGACAGGGUUGUUGCACACAAUGUCCUCUAUCGGCUAAUGGAGUACGAGUCUCCCUAUCUGCUGAUCGACGAGUGCGAUGAAUCCAACUGGACACCUCCCCCGAAACGCAGCCAUCGAGACGAACCACACGAGUCAAUCCUUACCCGAAUCCUGAUUCGCAACGAACAACAAGAAGGAGAAACCCACUGUGGCUUACGACAAGAGUCCGUCCUCGCGGAUGACUCGAUUCUGAGCAACACAACGGCGGAUCUCUUCGAUUCGCAGGAACCAUCCUCGCAGGAUAGCGUUAUCCUCCCGUACCAGAACUCCACCCACUCGCUUCUGACGCCCAACUACGACUAUUGGGUUCGAUUUUAUCCUGUCAGAAUUCUGAGUUCUCGGGAACAAUUUGACGAGGAAGUUGCCGUCACCCUUCCGGAAAACUUUCGCCUGGUGCUGGAGGAAUGCGCCCGGAUCGUCGAGACGCACCCCAUGGUCCUGUAUCAGGAGCUGAUGACCGUGGAGGCGUAUCUGUUCUAUGCGGUGCAACCGGUCGAGCGAUUCUUCCGUGGAACCGACACAUGUGAGGUACAGUUCCACAGCAAAAUCGACUACGGCAUGGUUAGGACGGUCCACGAAGCGAAGAGGAAGUAUUGAAAUAGCUAAUAAUUCGCAACAUUUUCUAGUUGUUCAAUUGUUAUUGUAGAGCUUGGGUUUAAUUUACAA